AUGUCGUCACAACUUUACCGUUUAACUGCUAAAAUUAUUUACCGCCGAUGGAAAUUACUUUAUUCCUGUAUUUUCUAUAUUUUCAGUUUGAUAGCUUCUACGGUAUAUUUUUAUUUAUAUAAUAAGAUUGGUAAUAUAACCGGUAAUGUUUACGUGGAUACUGUUUUACCUUUUAUUGUUGAUCUUCCAUUAACCUGGAGUGCUAUAGUUGUAAAUAAAUGUUUAGGUAGAAGAUGGUGUACGUUUCUUUACGCUGUAGCUUCUGGUUUUGCUUUAUUGUCUGUGAUGAUUCUACAUAUGACGGGUAACCUUCAGUCUAUUCCCACCAUGGUAACGGGACUAUGUAUGUUUGGUAAACUGGGAGUGACGGCUUCUUUUUCUCUCAUCAGUGUAAUGGCUAUAGAGAUGUAUCCUACAGUUAUCAGAUGUAUGGGAACUGCUAUAGGUGUAGCUUUUACCGCAGCUGGUUCAAUAUUGUCUAGACAGUUUAAAUUCCUGGAUGCGUUUCAUUAUACAAUACCAUUUGUUGUCUUUGGUGGAUUUAUUAUUACAGUUGGUUUUAGUGCGCUAAUAUUACCCGAAACAAUAGGAAAACCCCUUCCUAAUAUAUUACCUUGUCGUCAUCGUAAAAUACCACUAACUGAAGGUGCCCGUUUAUUUAAUCCCUGGGAAAGUGUGUAGAAUACAUCAAAGACUGUUUUUAUAUACAACGAUAUUUUAUCAGAUUUUGAUUACUCAGAUGUUCUUUAGCUUGACAUUAGAAUUUAACAUACUCGUAAUCUUAUGUCUUGAUAUGAGACCUAUUUUAUAUAAUGCUGUUUUGUGAUAUACAUCGUCGUUUUUCUUGAUGUCACCAUCAACAGUUAUUGUAGUGAGAGCGAAAGCAAUAGUUAUUGUUUAUAAAGGACAAACAGGAUUUCCGUCCAGAAGAAAUAAAGACUAAUGACGAACAAAGAUAAUUUAAAUUUGUAGAUUUUGUGCAUAAAAUACAUGUACUUAAUCGGAAACCAAAUUAUUUUCCCUACCGGGAGUUUAAAUGAUACGAUUUUAGUUGUGUAACAGGGAGGGGGUGGGAUUUUGCUCGUGUACCUUUACACCUUUCUGUGUCCUAUGUACUUCCCUUUAAGAACAGACUACAUCUGCUUUUGGCAAAGAAAACAGAUAAUGGCGCUCAAGGAUGUGAUCAACCCUUUGUUAAUAAUUUGUGUAUUUGAAGUAUUAUGUUAUAUUAUGAAGUACCUGUGUGUUAUCUAAACAUCUUGAUAAGCCCGCGAAGGCGCCUGAAACACGCUGUGGCGUUCUGGGGCUUUUUGUUUUAGUUUUUUAAAAAUUUACUAGUAUUAAGAUAUUGGAACAUAACGAUAAAUAUAUAUAUACCUUACGGAUUAUUUGUGUUGAUCGUAUGUUAAUUAUACUUUUAUAAGUAUAAAGAUCGGUUGACGGGUAAUGAAACACACGUACACCAAAGCUGUUGUAUGAGCAGUCCGUAAAGGUUGUCGCGUGUAACUAAAAGGCAAAACCUACAAAUUUUAUUUACUGCAUAUCACUGGAUGGAAGCAAACAUUAAGCUAUCUGCUACUACUACUACUGCUGCUUACUACUACAACUACUACUACUACUAUCUACUUCUACCACCUGUUACGGCACUACUAUUAUUAAUACUACGAAUCAUUGUCACUAAAGUGUUCGCAGUGUUCUCCAUAAAUAGAUUUGCCGAUAUUCACAAGUAUUACCAAAUCGAAUAAUGACAAUAGCAAAGGACGUAAUCAUCAGGACAGGAGGGUUGACUGGCAGACGGACAGUGUCUGGAAAUAAUAAUCCAUAGUCCAAAUCGGGACAUCAUAUUAGUAUACGUUCAUAUGCAACCUGUAUGUCACAUCUUCAUUGUAAAUUGAUCAGGCUAAAAAAAGUGAAAUUGCGAAUCUUAAUCUAAAAUCGUCUACCUUCUAGGCAUCACGUGCGUGUCCGUAGGGCCAAACAGUCUUACAAAUUUACAGUGACCAAUGGAAUAUGUAUAUUAUAUCCAUAGUUUUAUGAAUUCUUGUAAUGAUGACAUGUUAUUUAAUUAAUUAUUUUGUAAUGAAUUAAAAGUUAAUACAUUUGUUUCGUAUUACUCAUUAAAACUAUAAUUUCGGGGUUAAACCCUCUUUCAUUUACGUCAAAGUAUUGGAUUGGAUUGCGUUCAUUUAAUGUAUUAUAUUUAUACUUCUAUUAGUGAU